AUGGGGUUGAGUACUAAGCAGGUUUCGGGCGGGGAUCAUAAUCAUCAUCAACAUGGGAUUAUUGAGUGGGAAAAUCCCCAGAAUCCAGGUGGGAGUACGAAGUUAGAUCUCCCGACCGUACAACCUCAUCAAUCCGUACAGCCGCCGCCGCAAAAGGCGGAGCCUUUGAAGUGUCCGAGGUGUGCUUCGGAGAAUACUAAGUUUUGUUAUUACAACAACUAUAAUAAGUCCCAGCCGAGGCAUUUCUGCAAAGGCUGCAAGCGCCACUGGACGGAAGGCGGCACUCUGCGUAACGUCCCCGUCGGCGGCUCCCGCAAGAACAAGCGCCUCAAGACGCCGUCAAACCCUAACGCCGUUACCCCCGCCGUUAAGUCAUCAUCUCCCGCCGCCGCCACGUGUGAUAACCAAAAACCCGUUUUUUCCAGCGAAAACAAAAACCACGCGCCCAGUCUCUUCUUCCCCUCCGCCAUCCAAGCCGACCCGGUAAUCGGCGGCGCCGCCACGGCGUUCAACAUUGGCUCGACGCCGAUGGUUUUACACGACGAUCAAGAAACCACCAAACUCUUACCCUUUUCGUUUUCCAGUUUCUUUGAUCCGAUUUCUUGCUCGAUCCCUUCAUUCAACACCCAAUCCUCGUCCAACAACGCCUACAGCGACAUCAUAGUCGGAGAGCUCGAUAAUGUCGAGGAAUCCACCAUAACCACCGUCAUGCCAUUCACAAGCUCCGCCGUUAUUUCUCAGCCAUGGGACAUGGCGAACUACUGGAGCUUAAGCGAGAUUGAUUCCCUGGUUUCAGCUGAUCUCAAUAUUCCAUGGGAUGAUUUAGAGAUCAAGCCAAAGGGAAAGUGA